CUUCUAGUUCAUAAGUCUCCUUUUGUUUCCCUUAGGAAGACAUUGUCAUAUAUUUUGCUUAGCAAAUGGUACAAGAUAUAAGAAAUGUAAUUCUCUGCACAACAGUUUGAAAAUACUACUUGGGUUCCCUGGCAUUGGUUCCCACUUGACAUGGUAUCAAUUAUUCAUUAAAGAGAACAUAUUUUGGGGUAUUUAACCCUCUUCUAUUUUCAGUGCACACAGAUUAAACAAAGCAGACCCCAGCCUAUCCAUUGGCAUUGACCAAUCAGUGUUUUCAACUCCUUGAGCCAUUUCUACUUGUACCCAAAGCAGUGUGACAGAGUGUACAUUCCUACAUGACUGCAACUGUGUAUACCCCAUCCCACCAGCUCUUCUUAGAGCAAGACUUCAACGCUCCUCCCACUGAGAGGUGAGCUCUAGGCUCCUUCCUUCUAAAUCUGGGUGAGAGCUUUAGAUUGCUCUGAGCAAUGGAAUAUGAUACAAUGUAUACCAUGACUUCAAAUCUAGGUAAUAAAAAGGACAUAGCUUCUGCCUGGCUUAUUCUUUAAGGGUUUGAUCAUCAACCAACAUGCAGUAAAGAACAAUUAUAUGCAGUGAGAAAAUAUGGAGAGACCCUAGUGGGGAGGAAAUGAAGCCCAUAGAUGAUAGCUAGUAUCAAUCGCUGAUGAGUGAGUGAGUGAAUGAGACUUCAGAGGGUCCUGAAGAUCCCAGUCUCCAGGCUUUUAUCUACCCCUGCUGACACCAAGGAGAACAGAGACAAAACUGACCAAACUGCAGAUUCAUGGUCAAAGGAUAUGUUGUCUUAAACCACUCAGUUCUUUGGCAAAUGAAACGCAUCUUCUUCCCACACUGUUCAGCCCAUUCCUCUAACCAUGGCCUUUACCUAUCAUAUCCAAGACUGAUGAUUUUGUCUCCUCCGUCAGAGCCAAACAAUCUUAUCUCUAAUGUCUCUGACUCUCCCAUGAAAAGGGGCCUCAAUAAGCAAUCAUACUGACAGUCUCAAGAGAGUCAAGAAAAUGAAGGUGUUCUUGUGUCUAUCAUGAUGAUACCUAGGUUUUUGAGGUUCAAGAACCCACUAGUGGCUAAUGCAGUAUUUCCAACCACUUGUGGCCUUGGGAUCCUGUUUUCUGCUAGUGUGGUUACUGCUGGGUAGUCAAGAGCUAUUGGUGUUCAUGUGGUUACCGGUAACUUCUUACUCAACUCAGGCCUGAGGACUUAAUCACGCAAGGCUGACAUAGUCUCAUCUGAUAAAUCCCCACAAAACCAGCCAAUGCUGCGGGUUUGAAGACAAAGACAGACAAGCAGCUGUUUUCUGAGCAGCCUUCCCAAUAAGAUGCAUCCACUCCUGCUCCUGUUGGCCUUUCUUCUGUGCCUCAGAGCUGAGGCAGGGAAAAUCAUUGGAGGCCAUGAGGCCAUACCUCAUUCUCGUCCCUACAUGGCAUUUCUUCAGAUCAAGACUCUUUUUCAAAAAAUAACCUGUGGGGGUUUCCUGGUACGUGAAGACUUCGUGCUGACAGCAGCUCACUGCAGGGGAAGUUCAAUGAAGGUCAUCCUAGGGGCCCACAACAUCAAGGAGCGCGAGAGCUCCCAGCAGGUCAUCCCCGUGAAAAGAGCCAUCCCCCACCCAAACUAUCAACGUAAGAAACCUCACUUAAAUGACAUCAUGUUACUCCAGUUAAAGAAGAAGGCCAACCUGACUGACAAAGUGAGCCUCCUCAGGCUGCCCACGAAGACAGCCCAGGUGACGCCAGGGAUGGUGUGCAGUGUAGCUGGCUGGGGGUCAACUGGUGUGAAAAAAACCACAGUGAAACUGCAUGAGGUAGAGGUCAAAAUCCAAACGGACCAGGAAUGUAUGUUUUACUUCAAAAGCUAUUACAAUGAAAGCGUCCAUAUUUGUGUUGGGGACCAUAACAUCAACAAGUCUUCUUCACAGGGGGACUCUGGAGGUCCCCUCGUGUGUAAUGAUGUGGCCCAGGGCAUUGUAUCCUUUGCAAAGCAAGAUGGGACCCCACCACGUGUCUAUACCAAGAUCUCAAGCUUUAUGCGCUGGAUAGAAGAAACAAUGAGAUCCUUCAAGCUGCAAGGGCCAGACUGAAAUGCCUCCAGGAUUGAUCUGCCCUUCCUCUUCUCUGGGGCUGAAGCCACAAUGCAUUGGGUGGAAGUGGUGGUGGGAAACCUGCCAAGUACUUAAUAAACUUCUAGAGUGGAAGUUGUUGAUGCCUCCUUUAUUCACCAAAAUGACACCCCAUAAGCACCUGCUGUGUGGCCAGCAGCCACUGGUUCACACUUCUGAUUCAGUUUAUGCUUUAGCUUUCUUUAUACCCCACCUUGAAAACCAUGGUAUAUUGAUACCAGCUCCAAAUGGACCUCCCUAGUGUGGGCUUCCCCAGGCAGGCUCAGUGUAAGCUUCCUCAAGGACAGGGAGACACUGCCCCAGGGGGAAAAAUGAUUCUCUCUCUUAGCUCAUCCAUGUCACCCUCUCACCUUAUUCCCUACCUACACCCCUUCCCUGUCACACCCCAGAGCUGAUAUGGCCACAUAAAAGAAUCUGACUUGGAAGGGGGAUUAGUUAAGGAGCCUCAAGUUGGGGGCUACUUUUCCACUCUAGCAAAAAUGGGUGGGAGUCUCUCUGGCAAAGGUGUGCCUUACCCCAUGUAGGGCUCCCUCUUCAAAUCAGGGCAGCUAGCAACUGGCAGCAUGCCAAGUUCCAGGAAGGCCCUUCAGCACUCCCAGACCCAGCUGAAUGCCUGUUGCAGCCUUGUCUUGAGUUCAGAGCCUAAUGUACUUCCUGGUCUCCUGGAAGCUCAUCUCCCUACCUCCUCAAAUGACCUGAAGGGUGCUCUCCCAUCUGGAUCUGAGCCAGCCUCCCCCUGUCUGUCACUGUCUAGGAUGCCCAGAAUGCUAGGAGGAGCAACCUGCACUGUUCAUCCCAGUGAUCUCAGCAAUUAGCCUACCCUCUGCCCUGUCCCGGGAGGAAGAGGAAAGCAGGGUGUGUGCUCAGAACUCAGGGCUACCCCUUUCACGUGGACAGGACAUCAGUCCUUUGCAGCCACAUGAUUGUCCUUCCUAAGCUCAGAGCCCACCAACUGAUAGGUCACUCAGCAGCCUGAGACCUCCCAGCCCAGCUCUUUGGGUCGCUCCUGAACAGCCUGACCUCUGGACUAGGAUUCUCCGAUCAAUACCCUGGGCUGGAGUGACCUUAAAGUAGAGAGGCUGCUUCUCCACAUCACGACUGAGCAGCACCGUUCUGUGAUCACCCAAUGCAUCAGUGCCUACGGGGCACCUCUGCAUGCUGUGCUGCAGGGAUACAGCAAAGCAGCCCCGCCAGCAUGGAACGUGUGUGCGUUUCUGGUUUGCCAUGUCACCUUGCCACAGAGCUGCUUGG